AUGGAGACAAAUUCCACAUUUCUGGAAGAGGAUGAAUCCACAUUCAUGUCCAUCUCAGGCAUUUUAGAUGCGAUUGAAGGAUCUGCAUCUUUUGAAUGGAUCAGGACCAACUCAAGACAUCUUGUGCCGAUAUUCUGCUUUGUUGGAAUCAUGGGAAACUCUAUGGCACUGAUACUUAUAAGAACCAACUUCUGGCUAAAACGACUUACAUCCAACAUCUACCUAUGUACAUUAUCAAUCACCUCCUGCUCUUUCCUUCUCACCGUCGUUAUCUCCUGGUCUGAUACCUAUCUCCGUUUACCAUUAUAUUCUGAAUCUGAGCUUGGUUGUAAAUUUGUCUCAUUCCUCGCACAUUUCAGUGAUUUCAUCUGUGUAUGGAUGAUUUCUCUCAUUUCAUGUGAUCGAAUGAUUGUUCUCUAUCGACCAAGAAUUCGAAAAUGGGUAUGUACGAGGAAGUUUGCCAUAACUGUGACUUCUGGUUUUGUUGUCACUUCGGUUAUUCUGUACAGUUGGUUAUUUGCUCUUGCUGGAUUGCAAAAAUAUAAAAUGAUGGAUGGAAGUGAAAGAUCAUUUUGUGGGCUCAGUGAAGAUGUUAAUUGGUUCGGAUACAAAGUCAACGAAAACUACAUGUAUUUCAUUUUCACAGUGUUUGACACUGUCAUUUGUACCCUUAUUCCAUCCAUUCUGAUCAUCAUUGUCAACUCAUUCUCCACAUACCGCUAUCAUCAAUGCAUGAAAAUCUACACUGCUGGUGUUCUUCGUGUCCGGUUUGUCCGUGCUCCGACCACUGAGCAACAGGCACAGCAACUCGAUGAUGAUACCAUCCAAUUUGAAGACACCAAGAAGUAUCUACUGAGUACUGACAACACAAACUCUAACAAUUCAACUACAAAUUGUGGCAAACUUCGAAGUUCGGAUCUUCAGUUGAGCAGAUCCCUCAUAAUUGUAACAAGCACAUUCGUUGCGUUCAAUGUUCCCAGUUACGCGAUGCGCAUCGUUCAGCCCACAAAUGAAAAAACAACUCAAGCCAACGGCAGUACGGCUCCUAGAAUGUUACUGCUUGAAAACCGUUCCAGAUUUCGGUCAUCGAUCUACUUCUACACAGGAUUUCAUAUAAAUCUGAUUGGAUACAAUUGUUCUCCUUCAGUUGAUUCUAAGCUUGCCUGUCCAGCCGGUAUAAACUACGAUUUGCGCUUUAAGCUGUUGAGUAUUCCUAUAAAUAUGUUUUGUUUUCUGUGUUACAAACACAUUCUAGAUUUCGAACCGGAAAAAAUAAACAUUUUCCAAACACAGUAUGAAACAAUUUACGGAAGAUGA